ACUCCCCACGACCCGGCCUAUUUACUUGUCAGGAGGGAGUCGUGAUUGUGUGGCCAUUCAUCUCCCAGAGGGGAGGAGUUAGCCUAGCCAGAGAGGGGGUCAUAACAAAAUGUGCGUUCGCGGAUCGACUAACAUUAUUUCCGCCCUGCUCCGGUGUCGUCCUGAGUGUAUCUUUGAGGAGACAUUUAAAUGGACUGUAAAACGCGGCUGCGCUUCUGGCUGUGACUGACCCCCCCAAAGGCCGUCGUUCCUGUCCGCCUGAACCGAAGCAGAGGAUGGAUGGAAACGUGUCCCUGGUUCUGAUCUCGUCAGUAGUCCUGCUCUCCACCGUGUUCCUCUCCUCAGCAGCCUUCCUGGAGCCCUACGACUUGUUAUAUGACAACGCUGUGCAGGCUUUUUAUAACGGCGAUUAUGAUAAUGUGGUGCGGUACAUGGAGGCAGCGCUCAGCAGCUACUCAGAAGUCCGGCACACCAAAGUCCGGUGCCGGCUGAGGUGCCAAGACCAGCAUCCGUUUGAUGAAACCUUCUCCGACCUGCGCUUCUUCGACGUUGUCCUUCACAGGGCUGCGUGUAUGAACAAAUGCAUCGAGGACAAACUUGGCACUCAGUCUGUGCACAAAGUCAGUGAGGAUGUGGUGCAGGACUUCAACAGGAGGAUCCCGUACAACUACCUCCAGCAGGCUUAUCAGAAGUUGAAGCAGCCCGACCAGGCAGCCGCUGCAGCUCAUACCUAUUUCCAGGCCAAUCCAGAACAUGUGGAGAUGGGCCAAGACCUGGAGCAGUACAAAGCCCUCCAAGGAGUCAGUGAAGACCAUUUUGUGGACAGAGAAGCCCGGCCUCACCAGCACGCCUUCACAGAGGCAGUAAGAUUGUACGACAAAGGCAACUACGAAGGAGCUGUUGCUCUGUUUGAAGAAGCUUUGGUGGAAUAUUAUAAAGCUGAUGUGGAGUGUCGGGCCCUGUGCCAAGGUCCGCAGAGGUUUGAAGGCCAUGAUCACCUCCGUUACCGUUACAGCCUACAUGAACUUGUAUCAGAUCAUUUUACUCAGGUGCUGCACUGUGAACACGAGUGUGUCAGAGACCUUGCAACUCGGCCAGGCCGCCUCUCACCCAUGGAGAACUACCUGCCUCUGCACUACGACUACCUUCAGUUUGCAUAUUUCAAAGGGAACAGGCUGAAGGAUGCGCUGCAGUGUGCUCUGACCUACCUUUUAUUCCAUGAAGGAGAGGAGUUCAUGAUGGACAAUGUGGAUUUCUACAGAGAAGUGCUGGGACAUGAUGGCAAACCAAGAGAGGAAGCCGCAGUAUACCUGAGGAGGCAUAAACAGGAGCUCGAACUCCUUCUGAUUGGCAGCAAAAUAAUGGGUGCAGACUUCACUGAAGGGAAUUACUGGAGCAGCACAGGUGGAAGAGAUGACUCAAACAGGAUUCCCUCUGGCACAGACGGCUGGUUGGAGUAUGUUCCUAUCUCAGAGAAGAAAAACGUCAUUGCUGUUUCUUCACAGCAGCUCAAAGAAGGUGGCCCAUUAGUGUAUGACAGUGUGCAGCUGGUGCAGAACUCAAUGGCCUUGAACGGGACCCAGCGGGUGUUGUUUGAUCAUGUUAUAUCUGAGGAGGAGUGUGCAGAUCUCAGAAACCUGGCAUAUGCUGUCACCAUGGCUGGAGAUGGUUACAGAGGGAGGAUGUCUCCACACACCCCCAAUGAGAGGUUUGAAGGAGCUACUGUACUCAGAACUCUGCAGUAUGGUUACGAAGGCAGAGUACCAAUGAGGAGUGCUCGCCUCUUCUACAAUGCCAGCGAACGAGCACGACGAAUUAUCGAGUCCUAUUUCAUGCUAAACUCCACUCUGCACUUCUCCUACACACACCUGGUGUGUCGGACAGCUAUCACAGGUCAACAAGAUCACAGGAAUGACCUGAGCCAUCCUAUCCAUGCUGACAACUGUCUGUUGGACCCUGAUGCCAAUGAGUGCUGGAAGGAACCGCCGGCAUACACAUACAGAGACUACAGUGCACUGUUGUAUCUGAAUGGCGAUUUUGAAGGAGGGGAGUUCAUUUUCACAGAAAUGGAUGCCAAAACAGUCACGGCAUCAGUAAAACCCAAGUGUGGCAGGAUGGUGGGCUUCUCCUCAGGCGGGGAGAAUCCACAUGGUGUGAAGGCCGUCACUGAUGGGCAGAGGUGUGCGGUGGCUCUGUGGUUCACCUUGGACCCACUCUUCAGAGAACUGGAGAGACUCCAGGCGGAUGAGGUGAUCCAGGCACUGGACGCACAGUCUGUGUGGGCUCAAACCCUCAACAUUAAUCCCAGAGAUGAACUGUAGAGGCAGAAAAAAAGCCCUUUGUCCAUCCUGUUCAAUGCAACUGCUCGAUACAUACUAUUUAUUAAAUGACUCUUGGAUCAGAACAUUUCUAUUUUUGUACUGUUUGAAGUGCAAGGUUAAUGUUAUUGUCCUUUUGUUUUGUCAUUUUAUUGUUUUUUAUUUUGUCAUGUUCGAACUUGAGCUGACCUGGUCCUUUGUCCCUCCAUCCAGUCUCAGUCUUUAGUUAAGUGUUUUUUAUAUAACUUGCUGAAACUGUGAAGUUUGACAUUUCACUGUUUUGGGGUGGUUGUGCUUAUUCCUGCAUUGGGGUGACAUAAUCAGUGGGUUAAAUCAUUUACAUUAUGUGUAGUUAUUGGAAAAAAUGCCUUAUUUUAAAUGGUCAGUAAUUUUAAAUAAUAUCAUUAUGAUCACAAAUGGUACUGUUAAGUAUGUGAUUAGUAACAUUACAUUAAGUUCUUUUACAUUUCUGUGCCAGUAAUAAUUAUUUUCAAAGUAGGCAGUGCACUGUUUUUCUGACCUAGCACCCAUUUCAGACUUUGAAGAGGAGAUUGUGUUUUAUGCUGAAGACAUACAAGCAUUAUUUUCUGAAACUGAAAAUAUCUUUAGGCACACUUGAGUUCACUUGUAAUGGAACAGAAAACUGGCUACAUAUUCACAGUGAGAGUGAGUGUGUGUUUAUGUUUUAUCUUUAUUUAUGUGUUUGAAUAUUAGACAGCUGCUGUCUACCUUUAAUAUGAGAAACUUUUUUUCAUAAAAGAUGUCAAUCAUUCCUGUUUCAAGGAAUACAUAUUUGUACAGUUCUUUUUUCUUUCCUUUAUAUUUGUGUUGAUGAUACAGGUUAUAGGUGGAGUCGUGCACUGUAAAUCCAAUGAAAACAAGCGUUAAGGGGUAACUUUGUUUUCCACACAAGUUCAAAAUGCUAACCUGAAAUGUAACCCUGUUUUUUGAUUAGGUUGGCCACUUUUAUGUCACUGAUAUUUAAUUAUGAAAUGCUGUAGCACACAUAAAUGAAUGUGUACCUGUCUAUAAAUAAAAACUAAAAAUAUUCCA